UUAGAUUGUUGUUUACUACAAAUGGUGCUUUUCUUGAAUUUUAUUUAGUUUCUUUUACUUUAAAGUUUAAACUUUGAUGUAUAUUAUGGCGAAGGAUUGCUUAAUCCGAAUCGAAUAAUCAAAGCUAAAGUAAAGAUAACGUAGCUUUUCUCUUGGAGCACCCAACGUAGAAUUUCGUAAUUAUCGUAGCAUUAUAAUUAACAAAAUGAAUAAUUGCAUCAAUCUCGAUGUUAUUGUUGAACUAUCAAGAGUCGAAGACGUCUCCGAAGCUGGCGAAACAGUCAAAAAAUGUCGUAAGCGAGUCAAAUGUGAAGAGUUAUCCUUCACGUGCCACUACUGUGAUAAACUAUUUUUCGAGAAGAAGGAGCUUCGUAGUCAUAUCAAACAUCAUAUGAAAAAUGAGCACACAGUCAAGUGCCCAGUUUGCAAUAUUGGCCUUUCACGCAAAAGUUAUCUACAGGAACACCUAAACAUCCACAAUGGACGGCAGCCGUUUUCGUGCUACUAUUGUGGUAAAUCGUUUACUUUAUGGUCUAACCUAAUAAAACAUAACAGGAUUCACACCGGCGAGAAACCUCACGCGUGCGACCAAUGCGACAAACGAUUCAUCUUGAAGAAGAAUCUUAUCGAGCAUCGUGUAACGCACACCGGAGAAAAACCAUUCAAGUGUAAAGUCUGCGAUAGACCAUUCACCCGACGAAGUAGUCUAGUCAGACAUUUCACUAUCCACACCGGAGAGAAGAAGUUCGUUUGCAACAUCUGUAACAAAACUUUCGCUUGGAAAAGUUACCUUACGCGACAUAUGCCAGUUCACUUGAAUGGCAAACGUGAACGUAAACCAGCCGAACCGAAAGUUGUCAGUGUAUUAUUGCAAAAUGCAUUACAAGAGUUGAUGACCCCAGAAGAAUUUGAUAUUCUUACUACUAAAGAUCUCGUUGUAGUUUGCGAUCGUGUUUAAAAAUUGAAUUCAUCAACACGAGUAUUGGGUUAUCGUACGGUCCGUAUCUAUUUGCCAAUAUUUUCACGUUUUGUCCUUUUUACGUGGUUUUGUUUUAAGAUCUGUUUUACUUAUCGUAUUUUAAUCCAUAUUCUUUUCCCUAUUUUGUAUCUCUUUUUUCCACGAAGUACGACCUUCGGUCUACUUGAUGCUAUUUUAUACGUUAAUGUUUUUCUCCGUCUGUCUCUAUACUUUCAUUUCAUACUUUUUAUUUUAAUUAUCGAAAAUUCCUUCGUGAAUUUUCGCUUUCUUGUGUUCAUAUUUUGUUUUAUUUUUAAAUUAUUUCGAUUUUACUUUCAACUGGCGUUUGAAAAGUGAAAACGAUUUAGAUUUGUAAUAAGUAUUUUACAAAAUGUCAAUUUGUUUCCAAGGUGAUUGUUCCUCUAAUCAUCAUUUCGUCGACUGAUAUUAAUUCGUCUUUAUGUAAAAGCCUUCGUGCUUAAUGUUUUUAUAGAUAUUAUUGUAUGCGAAUUCAUGUUUCAAAGCGGAUACUUUCGUAUAUUUGUAAGUUGUAAUUUUAUUGAUGUUUUUUCUUUUUGAAUAAUUUGUGAUUUUUAUUCUUCAUUGUUACCCAUACGGAUAUUAGUCAUGUUUCAUGUUGUUUGUAUUAUUAAUUAUAAUAAAUGUGUGUUCUCGAUGA